CGAAUUCAGAAAAGUGAAUUUUUAUUAUGAAAAAAAGACCAGCAAGAUAUGUUUUAACGACACAAUUUUCAUGCAUGAACUGCACUACUGAAGUGAAAUCCUUAGAGCUGUAUAAAAAGCAAAUGUUGGAGUGCAGGUGUAGUUAGCAAGGCCUCGGUUACGAUCAAUGCACUUUGGCCAAAGCCGCGUACGCAUCUGAGACUGAGAGCACGCCCACACUGCCGGAUGCGUCUGCUGGGCAGAAGGAAAAAAACACAAAGGCUUUAUUGGCCAUAUUCAGGCCAGACAGCCAAGUUACAACCCGAAGAAAAACAGAGUAAUAGCCCCUGUUAUAAACAAAGUCUGUUGAAGUGCCCAGAGAUCCACUCUUCCGAGUACAAGAUCACAGCAAUGCUCAUUGACCAAAGGGAGAGAAAGCUCUGGUCGUCCAUGGUUUUCCUCUAUUGUCAAUGCUUUCAUGGCUAAGACUAAAAAAAUAUCAGGAUAAUAUUUAUAAAUUAUAAGCAAUACUUUAUAUACUCAUACUUCGUUACAAUUCCGUUUUUGAUUUCCAAAUACCAGCUAUUGUUUACAUUCUGAAUAUAACACAUGCUGUUCAUCUCUAGAUGCUACAUUUAUGCUUAAAUCUAACCACUGCAAAUAUACAAAUAUAUUUACAAAUAGAAACGUGUAAUUCUGAAGCAUACAGUCACUAUUUCAACGAAUGUGUGGGAUUUUACAAAACAGUAUUUUUGUCCUGUAUCAGCUUAUUCACAAAAUACUAGAACAAUACAGAAUAUCAUAAUAACUUUGUGAUUGUGACAUUAUUGCGACAGAUGAUUAAAACCAUACAUUUUUAAUCAUGACUUUUUUUUUGUAGUGUUGAUCAAACACAUUUAAAAUUGUAUAAAUUCAUUUUCACUGUCUUAAACUUUACUGUUUAAUAGUUUUAACUCUUGUUUCUGAUUUUGUUUUGAUGCGUAAAGCUUAAUUUUAAACAUAAAGCAAACGGUAUAUUUUUUAAAAGUAUCUGAUAGAGCCCGGUAAAGCGUUCUUGUAUUUUUUCCCCCAAGUUAGUUUUGUUCACAGUUUAGUUCACGUUCAGAUUUAGUUUGACUUGUCUGCACAUCACAUUGUGCCUUGCUGAGGAGCAGACUGAAGGUCUGAGCGCGUUACUGAAUAACUGGUCACUUAGCAGGUCAUAUCUCAACCAUCCAGUGGCACUUACUGCCAUAUAAAGUAUACAUAUGGCUCACGUAAAGAUCCGUUUUAUGUCUGAACUAUUUAAUGUCUUCUUGUGCUCGACUAGGCCGCACGGAGUACGUGCAUUCAUCAUAAAUUUGUGAUUUUUGGGGGUCUGCAAAAUUUGUGAAAAACAAACGUUCUGUCAAAAAGAGGUAGUCGAAUUGGACUGCAGGUAUUUAGCUGGAGGCCUAUACAAUGACAUGACAACGCGUUUACGCGUUUGGGGUUUUAUUUUAUUAUUGCAAACAGUAGACCUACUCCAUUAAAAACUGGAUACGGAAAUUCUACAACAACGUUUCUCAAGCCGUUUUUGUUACGCUUGGUUAUUAGAUGCUGAAGCUUAACAACAUGAAUAAAAUCAAAUCCACCUUCAUAAAAGCAUAUGGCUAUACCAUUAAAAAUAUGACUUGUAAAAUGGAGGCCAUUUAACCGUGUGCACUGGUUAGGCUUUCCCCUUUAUCUCCCACGUUCUCUCCCACAGUCACGUGUCUAGCACAUCCAAUCCAAUCUCUGCAGUGAUUCAACUUAUCAGAGGUCUGUAGUUCACAGCGAAGUCAAGUAGUUAGUUACUUGAUUUCAACGGAUUCUGCUUUUGUGUCAGUUUCAUUGUGGGUGUAUCCGUUCGGCCGGGCUCUCUUUGCUUGUUUUUGUUAUGUCGACAUUGGGGACACUGAGUUACUACGCUGACUCACACAUUCCACACGAGAAUGACGAUCAUUUGGCACCGAGGUUCUCCACUGGACCCGUGGUCCAGCAGCAGGCUCGGGAACUGACGCUACUUGAAUAUGGCGAGCAGGAGCAGUACACUUUCCAAGCCAAAUCAUCAAUUUUUGGUGCGUCAUGGAGUCCCGUGCCCGUGCAGCCCCCAGGCACGUCUAUCGCCUACCACCCGUACAUUCAUCACCCAUGCUCAACAGGAGAAACCGAUGGAGCAUCCGUGCGUUCCUGGGCGUUAGAACCUCUGCCUGCCCUGCCUUUCACGGGAUUAUCCACAGAUACACACCACGAUAUAAAACUUGAACCACUGGUUGGGAGUGGUGAGUGCACCACGCAUACAUUGCUUGUGGCCGAGACUGACAACAAUACGACCCAAGCAGAGAGGAAGCUACCGGACGAUGCGCUUUCCAACGGCUCACAGGAUGAGAAAGCUCCAGCAGAGACGAAGGUGGAUCUAGACCCAAAUAACCCUGCGUCCAACUGGCUGCAUGCGAAGUCCACUAGGAAAAAGCGCUGUCCAUACACUAAGCACCAAACUCUUGAGCUGGAGAAAGAAUUUCUGUUUAAUAUGUACCUCUCACGCGACCGUAGAUAUGAAGUGGCAAGACUCCUAAAUCUCACCGAGAGACAAGUCAAAAUUUGGUUCCAAAACCGUAGGAUGAAGAUGAAGAAAUGCAAUAAAGAUCGUCCAAAAGACAUUUAAAAAGUCGAAAGCUAAAUGCGCACUGCAGUGGAUGAAGUUAUUUGGUUCGUGCGAAGGUGUCUGUGAAUUAGCCUGUCUUUUUCCCCAUGCACAACCAGUAGAUUAUUACUGAUAGCCUACAUUUUGUAAUGUUAGAUGUACAUUGCACAAACCUUUGAUCUAUAUAUUUGCUUGUAUAUAUCAUUGUGUCUUUGUGAUAGUUCCCUUAUUUGGUUUGCUUGUUGUAAGUCUAGCAUUUCGCAUUCUGUACAUUUUAAAUAUGUUAAAGCUUUGUUUUUUAAAAGUUUCUAAAGCACCAGUUCAUGAUUUCAGGGAAAUGGGUUCUGCGAUGUGAAAUGCUGAUGAUAUGCAUGAAUUUAAGAUUUUUUUUUUUAUUAUUAUUAAAAAAUGACUUGUAGCUUAAUGUAUCAAUGUUUAAUGUGACUACCUAGAUGUAUUUGAACUACCUAUGUAUUGAGAUUAAUUUAUGUUGUGUUGUUCGUCAUUGAAAUAUUUCAGUGAAUUUUGUAAAAUUUACGUGCUUGUAAUGUUGUAUGUGAACACAUAAAUUGCAUACGCCAAUACCUCAAAUCAAAAGUGUUAGUGGUUUUCAAAUUAAAUUCCACUUGUGUACAUAAAUAAAUUUCUGAUAAAUAGCACAUUUCGUUAAGACUCUCUAUACUGGGCAAAUUUAUACGAAAAUAAUACUUUUUUCCCUUGGGUUUCAUGGGUUACAUUGAUGGCUAAUGAAG